GUCAUCGCCGACACGGAAGCGGCCCCCGCGAAGGCGAUGGCCGCCCACGUUGGCCGCUCCGCGCUCCGCCGCGGCUGCUGCUGCCGCUGCCCUCCCCGCCGCGGCCUCCCUCUCCUCCUCGUCUCCUCGCCCGGGCCGCGCUGCCCUCGUCUGCCCAGCAGACCGGGAUUCUUGGUGCCUUCGAGGAGCAUCACAUCAGCUGACAAGGACCUCGCCAGUGCCGUCAUGUCCAAGACCAAGAAAGCGAACACCAGAUAUGAGGAUUUCCUGCUCCGCAAUUUCCCCAACUUCUACAGACUCUAUUCCACCUUCAUGAGAGGUUUCCGUUUGCUGAUGGUGGAUGCAAAAGAAGUGUUUUCAAUCAAGAUGAAGCUGAGUUCCCAAGGGUUUGGUUAUGAAAACCUCACCUACAGAGAUAUGGACAAACUGAGAGAGUUCCGCAGGGACAUCAUUAAGGCGAUUCCUCUCGUGUUGCUGUCCAUUCCUCCGUUCGCCAAUUACGCGGUGUUUGCGCUCAUGUACAUCUACCCCAGGCAGUUCCUGAUCCGCCAGUUCUGGAGCGAGCAGCAGGAGCGUGAGUUCCUGCAGGUGUACCACGACCUCCGUGCUGCUUCGUACGCGCACGUCAUCCCGUUACUGCUCACCCAGGCCCAGGAGCUGCCCGACACCUACAAGCAGAGGACGCUGCUCGAGAUUUGCCACAAGGUGCAGACCAACGGGCAGCCCAGCGUGAACGAACUCCGGUCGGUACAGGCCCUCUUCUCUGAGCCUCCCCUAGACAUUUGGAGUUUAAAGGCAAAUCAGCUGAGGACCCUGAGCCGCGUCAUGGCGCUCACCGCCCGCGUGCCGGCGCCGUGGCUCCGCCGCCGCCUUCUCUCUCAUGCCACGGAAAUCGGCCACCUGGACCGCGCGCUCCUGCGGAUGGGGCCGCAGCAGCUGACGGACGACGAGGUCAGGAAGGCCUGCUACGUUAGGGGCCUCAACCCGUACAUCCUGGGGAUCCAGGCGUGCAGGCAGUGGCUCCAGGAGUGGCUGCUGCUGUCGGCAUCGCUGUCAGAUUCUGAAGUAUCCUUGCGCAUUUUCGCCACGGUGCUACUUUCGGAGAAUUAUCGACGGCACAGCAUCAGCUACUGGAGCAUUCCUGUGGACCCACCAGCACGGAGAGGCCAGGCAUAAACGUCUGGAUGCUUCUCCUCGCAGCAUUUCAUCAACUCCAUCGCGGCCGGAGCAGCACUGGAGGAGGGGUGUAUUACGGCCAACGUCAUGACCAGAUGCACAAACACACCGUAUGGGGUUGGGGGGGGUGUGGAGGUUAUAGUCCCCGUUCUGCCAAAAGAGCAUGGAUUUCUAUCCUGGUGCUGUUAUGUUUUAUUCCUGCAGUGCAUUAUGAUAGUUUAUCCUAGUUUAAAAUACCCGUAAUUUGGUUGACGUUAAUGUCUUGACUAACGAAUGUAAGCACUUGGAGUGGCAUAACAAAAAAUAUAUGUGCUGUGUUGUGCCUGUCGAAUAACCCAAACGUGCGUUGUCAUUGCUGCAUUGUAAUUUACGUGUCCGAUACUUGACCUGAAUUUAGCAUUGUUUUAUAUGUACUGCGAAAGCCUACUGAACACGUGUCGUGGAUUAUUUGAACACAUCUCCGUCGAAAUUCGGUGCCCAUUGGCUCAAUCGCAUUGCUGGGCGGCCUUCACUUCGAUUGACGGUCCUGAGCCGACGUGGUGGUAAUUCCACAUUGUCGUGGCAAGGACCAGUCUCACCGUUGAAAGGCAAGUGCUCUAACGACGGUGGGCGGGUUGUUGUACAGGGUUACCCUGGAUGACGUCGUCAUUCUACUGGGGUUGUACGACAUCGUGAUGCUACGACACGGGUCUACGAUACAAGGUCCGCAAUAAUCGCAUUCUCCAUGUUGCAAAGCAUCGCGAUUUCAUGGUUUAUCCCGUGAAAUUAUAUUUUCAAGAAAAACAUUUCUGACAAUACAAAAGAAUCAUUAAAUUACUUUUAAAAAAUCUAAAGCGCUGUUGCCCAUGAAAUGAGUUGCUUGCGAAACUUUUGUAGAGUAAGUGACAGCGCCGUGUUAUACUUUUCCUACGUUAUUUCAUUCUUAAUUUGUUGCAUAACUUUACAGUUGUAAGCAUUUUUUCUUUUCAAACUUACAAUGAUUCAAAAGCGUAUGGCAGGGCUUAUGUUGAGCAAGCUGCAGCUCAAGAUCUUCAUAAGGAUUCUUUAUUCGGACCGGAGGUACAAGAAACCACAAGAACUCUAAACAGUAACAAUGAGAAAUACAGUUUUCAGAGUAAUGGGAAACCGAUAAUCGUUAUGGUUGCUAAAAUUUCGAGCGUUUCGUGAAAGUGAUAUCGUGACAACCCUAGUUUUUUGGUGUAUUGAGCACUCGUUUUUAUUAUUUCCCCAAGUCGGUCAUCUCGUAGCAACUCGUUUUAACCAUGUGUUUAAUUCACGCCAGGGGUGUUAAAUGCGGGCCACACAUGGUCCCCCAAGCCCCUUCCUCCAGCCUGCCACGUGUUAAAAUUGUUAUGACUUAUCUAUAUAUACAUAUUUGAAAUAAUUUUACCUAAAUUCAACCCGAAUUCAAACCAGACAUUGAAACGGGAGGAUUUGGCGUGGCCCUGCUGCCAAAACAUACAUCAACUCCCCUGUUCCCGCGCUUUCGGAUUUUGAAUCGAUAAAAAAAAUACCGUAUAAUUAUGCUAUGAAUUAUCAUAGGCCCAACUGUGUGGCCCGCGGGAGGUGCGCUUGAAUACAAUUCGAGUUUGACACCGCCCUGGUUUACGCCUUGACGCCAGCUAGGCGCAACGAAGGCAGCUCUUGUUCCACUUGCCUCUCUCACUCGAACCGCGCGUAUUGCUCACUGGCUCGACAGCCGCGCACUUCGUCGGCAAAUUUCACGCGCGCACCCGAGCGACUUGUACUAAAACCUCCCUCGUGCACACUUUUUGUUCAUGGAACGCAUGCCACUUAUAAUUUAUGAAUCUUCCGCGUGAUCAUUAUAUUGUAUUGUAAGUAGGCAAAAAUAAUGUUAGAAAUAAAGGUGCUUGGCGGAAAAUGGAA